GCCUCUCACACAAUUUACUCUCUUUCUCUCUCUCUCUACAUUCUGAUGAGUUUCGUGAGCUAGAGGGAGAGAGAAUCAAAGAAACUCUCAAAGAUAUAAGAAUCCGAUAGCUCUUUCUUCGACGAUUUGCAUUCUCCGGAAAAAGGAGAUUUUGACUGAUCGUUGUAUUAUAAUAAUACGACUUGCAGGAAGAUCAAUCGAUGCUAAAGACAUUGUUAGUUCAGGGGCUUUUGUUCUUCUUCUUAAUAAUCGGCGCCGUCGCCGGCGACGACAACGACGGUGGCUUGUCAAUAUGCAACUGCGACGACGACGACAGUUUCUUCAGGUUCGAGGUGAUACUCGAAUCGCAGAAAGUGGGCGACUUUCUAAUCGCAAUCGCUUAUUUCUCGAUCCCAAUCGAGCUGGUCUACUUCGUAAGCCGAACCAAUGUGCCUUCACCUUACAAUUGGGUCGUCUGCGAGUUCAUAGCCUUCAUUGUUCUCUGUGGCAUGACCCAUUUGCUCGCUGGUUUCACCUACGGGCCCCAUUGGGCUUGGAUCAUGACAGCUGUCACUGUCUUCAAGAUGCUGACUGGGAUCGUCUCCUUCCUCACGGCCAUCUCGCUCGUCACUCUCUUGCCCUUGCUUCUCAAGGCCAAGGUUCGAGAGUUUAUGUUGAGUAAGAAGGCGAGAGAUCUUGAUCGUGAGGUUGGGAUCAUAAUGAAGCAGACUGAGACGAGUUUGCACGUUCGUAUGCUCACAAGAAAGAUAAGGACGUCUCUAGAUCGACACACGAUUCUCUACACCACGCUUGUGGAGUUAUCAAAGACUCUGGGGCUCAAGAACUGUGCGGUUUGGAUCCCGAACGAGAUCAAGACGGAGAUGAACCUUACGCACGAGUUGAGACCGAGGAACGAUGACGAGGAUCAGAAUGUGAGUGGUGGUGGUGGGUUUUCGAUACCGAUUACAGAGUCUGAUGUUGUGAGGAUAAAGAGAAGCGAAGAGGUGAAUAUGUUGAACACUAACUCUCCGCUUGCCUCGGUGACUAGCCGAGGGAAUCCAGGUCCUACGGUUGGGAUUAGAGUCCCGAUGCUUCGUGUUUGUAACUUCAAAGGCGGGACACCGGAGGCGAUUCACAUGUGUUACGCGAUCUUGGUUUGUGUGCUUCCUCUGGGGCAGUCUCGGAGCUGGACUUACCAAGAGCUUGAGAUUGUCAAAGUUGUGGCUGAUCAAGUGGCUGUUGCCAUCUCUCACGCCGUGAUUCUCGAAGAGUCUCAGCUCAUGAGGGAGAAACUCGCGGAACAGAACCGAGCACUUCAGGUGGCGAGGGAGAACGCGUUGAGAGCUAACCAAGCCAAGGCUGCUUUCGAGCAGAUGAUGAGUGAUGCGAUGAGGCGUCCUGUGCGGUCCAUUCUCGGGCUGCUUCCUCUGAUAAUGCAGGAUGGGAAGAUACCGGAGACACAGAAGGUUAUCGUUGAUGCGAUGGGGAGAACAAGCGAGCUGCUGUUACAGCUUGUAAACAACGCCGGAGAUAUAAACAGCGGGACGAUCCGAGCAGGAGAGACGCAUGGUUUCAGUUUGCGUUCGGUUGUGAAAGAAACAGCUUGCUUGGCCAGGUGUUUAUGUGUUGGGAACGGGUUUGGUUUCUCGACGGAAGUUGAUAGAGCAUUGCCAGAUUUCGUCGUAGGAGAUGCUAGAAAGGUGUUUCAAGUGAUGUUGCAUAUGCUCGGGGGUUUGAUUAACCGGAAGAACAAAGGGAAUGUGACUUUCCGGGUUUUAACGGAAGGAGGAAACUCAGGUGUAGUAGAGAGGAAAGAUAGCCAAGAAGCGGUUUGGCAACAAUGCUAUUCCAAAGAAUACAUCGAAGUUAGAUUCGGAUUCGAGGUAGCUACAAAAGGCCAAGAGAGUAGUAGUAGUAGUACUAGUAGUAGCACUAAACCGGAGGAGGAGGAGGAGGAGAUUCCGAGUUUCGACAUCUGCCAAGAUAUCGUAAAGUUGAUGGAAGGGAAUAUAUGGGUUGUGGAGGACGGUCGAGGUUUGGUGAAAAGCCUCUCGGUUGUUUUCCGGUUCCAACUCCGGCGAUCUAUACUGUCACGAGGCGGUGGAUAUUCUGGAGAAACUUUUAAAACAUCAACUCCUCCGUCUACUAGUUACAAUCAUUGGCGUCAGGAAGGGGUUGAGUGUAGAGCAGAGCAGAGAUGAUAAGUAAAGAGUCUAAAUAUUUUGUAAAAAUGGUGGUAGGGGUUAAUAAUUUAAGAUAUCAGUGAGUGAGUGAUAACUAAACGGCGCCGUUUCGUAAAAUUAUUUAGGUUUAAGUAACCUAUCUUGUAGGCAAAAGGUAUGGUUCUCGGACUUGUUACCUGUUAGAUAACAGAAUCCGGAGGAUGUCUUUUUUUUUUUUUUUUUUUUUUCUCUCUCUCUCUCUCUUUUCUCUUUGUUAUUCUCUGUCUCUCUCAUUGGUGAUUGGUGUUGUUAAAUGUUUAAAGCAAGAAAACUAAUCAGACUUAAAA